AUGCCGCCGCAGCCGCAGCCGCAGCCGCAGGCAAAGCCCGUGCCGCCGCGCCGUGCGAACAACGCCGUCGCCCAGGUGCUUAGCCUGCCGCCGCGCUGGCUGGCGCUAUACGACGACUUCAUCUCCAAGAACGCGGGCCAGGUGUCGCAGAUUGAGAGCGCCCUGCGCAGCCUGACGUACAUCAUUCCCGGCCGAUUCCGCGACGCCGAAAUCGCCUCCGAGUCGAUCCAUUCAGGCGUCCAGCUCCUCUCGCUCUACCAUGACAACCUCCUCACCCGCGCCUCCUCCACCUCGACGACCUCGGCAAGCCACCCCCCGCCGCCACCCGCCGCCGCCCGCUCCGCCCACGCCCGCUACACGCGCUUCUGGGCGCACCGCAGCCCGCUGUACCGCCGCGUCGCCCUCGCCCUGCAGAUGCUCGUCUACACGCAGCUGCUGUGCGAAAUGGCCGCCAAGCGCCGCGCCGGCAACGCCGCCCGCUGGCGCGUCGUCGUCGCCAUCGAGGCGGCCAAGGCCCUGUGUCGUCUGCUGCUGCUGCGCGCCACCCGCGCCCGGCCCCUCCUCUCGCCCGCACUGCCAGAGCGCGAGGCCGUCUUGCCCGGCGAGGGGGACGGCGAGGGUGAAGACAAUGGGGAGCAUGACCGCGGCCAGCAAGGCAGCGUCGACGAGCCCAUGUUCCUCGACGUCAACGGCGGCAAACACCCCCAUGAGCGCGAGUGGGCCAUGCCGCGGACCGGCAUGAGCCUCCCCUCGCUGCCCGACCCGGCCGACAUCAGCUCCUACCUGCUCGGCCGCGUGCUGACAGCCGACGACGUCAAGCCCGCCUCCAAGCUACUUAACCGCCUGCAGGGCGCCGGUCACGCCGCCGAGGUGCUGCACAUCCUCGCGCCCCUUGUCUACGCCGCCGCCCAGGCCCGCGGCCGCGGCGCAAAGUCGUGGACGCCUUGGCUCGUUGGCGUCGGCGUAGAGUACGCCGCCAGGCAGCUCCGCGACCGCAGCCUGCGCACCACGGCGCUCGAGCGCGACGAGUGGAACAAGCGCGCGUGGGCCAUGGCCUGGUGGGCGAUGCGCGGCGCCUUCUACGACAAUGUCACAAAGGGCGUCGUCGGAGGCCUCACGCGCAAAAUGCCCGGCUUCGUCGCAGGCAUCCUCGAGGACUACGAGUACCUGUGGGAAAACUACUACUUCAGCACCAGCGCAUAA